UCUUCGCGGUUGUGUCCAUACUUGGACAAGCCUAUCGCACGAUUUUCCUGUCGCCAACAUCCUACAAGCCAAACAGUCUCCAAGAAGGACUUUGAUGGAUUCAAGAAGCUGUUCCACAGGUUUCUGACAGGUGAAGGGGCCAUCGGUGGACUGGCCCAAGAUACACAGACCUCCAGAAGACUUAUCCAGCCCUAUGAUAAGAUAGCAGCGCUGCCCCUGCCGGACAGCCUGGCAGACAGUCUCAACAAGCUGGUGGUCGUCAAGUUGAAUGGAGGCCUGGGGACCAGCAUGGGCUGUAAAGGCCCCAAGAGCCUCAUCAGCGUCCGCAACGAGAACACUUUCCUGGACCUCACCGUGCAGCAGAUAGAGCACUUGAACAAGAAGUACAACACAGACGUUCCUCUGGUCCUGAUGAACUCCUUCAACACGGAUGAAGACACCAAGAAGAUCCUUCAGAAAUACACACACCACCGUGUCAAGAUACACACCUUCAACCAGAGCAGGUACCCCCGUAUUAAUAAAGAGUCCCUCCUGCCUGUGGCCACAGACAUUGGUAUGACGGGUGAGAACGCUGACGUGUGGUAUCCUCCUGGCCACGGGGACAUCUACGCCAGCUUCUACAACUCUGGUCUGCUGGAUCAGCUCAUCACAGAGGGCAAGGAGUACAUCUUCGUGUCUAACAUUGAUAACCUGGGUGCUACGGUGGACCUGAACAUCCUGCAUCACCUGGUGAGCCAGCCCAACGGGAAGCGCUGUGAGUUCAUCAUGGAGGUCACCGACAAGACCCGCGCUGACGUCAAGGGCGGUACUCUUAUUCAGUAUGAUAACAAGCUGCGUCUGCUGGAGAUAGCCCAGGUCCCCAAGGCCCAUGUAGAUGAGUUCAAAUCAGUCACCAAGUUUAAGAUCUUCAACACCAAUAACCUGUGGAUCUCUCUGGGCGCCAUCAAGAGGCUGCAGGAGCAGAACGCCAUGGACAUGGAGAUCAUCGUUAACCCCAAGACACUGGACGGCGGUCAGAACGUGAUCCAGCUGGAGACGGCGGUGGGCGCGGCCAUCAAGAGCUUCGACAACGCCCUGGGCAUCAACGUGCCGCGAUCCCGCUUCCUGCCCGUCAAAACCGUCUCCGACCUCCUAUUGGUCAUGUCCAACCUCUACAGCCUGGAGGCGGGCUCUCUCACCAUGAGCCAGAAGAGAGAGUUCCCUACCACGCCCCACGUCAAGCUGGGCAGCUCCUUUACUAAGGUCCAGGAAUACCAGACGCGGUUCGAGAGCAUCCCUGAUAUGCUGGAGCUGGAUCACCUGACUGUGUCCGGUGAUGUCACGUUUGGAAAACAAGUUUCUCUCAAGGGAACGGUCAUCAUCAUAGCCAAUCACGGAGAUCGUAUCGACAUCCCGGCUGGAACGAUACUGGAGAACAAGAUUGUGUCGGGCAACCUUCGCAUCCUGGACCACUGAAGCCUUUAACUACUCCUCCAGCACCACAUCCACCACCAUCAUGUGACCAAGCCAGACACAUCCACCACCAUCAUGUGACCAAGCCAAACACAUCAACCCCAACCAUGUGACCAGACAUCCACCACCAUCAUGUGACCAGACACAUUCACCCCAAUCAUGUGACUGAGCCAGACACAUCCACCACCAUCAUGUGACCAGACACAUUCACCCCAAUCAUGUGACCGAGGCAGACUUGAUCCAGACUCCUUUAAAUAAACUCCUUAGAGAGGGGUGUCAUACCCAA